UGCCAAGAUGGUCUGUGAUGUCGUGAGUCGGAUGGAAGACACGGAGCCCUUUUCUCCAGAGCUGCUUUCGGCAAUGAUGAGGCUUUGGGCAGAUUCUGGUCUCCAAGAAUGUUUCAACCGGUCCCGAGAAUAUCAGCUCAAUGACUCAGCUCAAUACUAUCUAGACAGCUUAGAUCGAAUUGGAGCUGCUGAUUACCAGCCCACAGAGCAAGAUAUCCUUCGAACCAGGGUCAAAACAACCGGCAUUGUAGAAACCCAUUUCACAUUCAAAAACCUCCAUUUCAGGCUGUUUGAUGUUGGGGGUCAGAGAUCAGAGCGCAAGAAGUGGAUCCACUGUUUUGAGGAUGUCACGGCAAUCAUUUUCUGUGUCGCACUGAGUGGGUAUGACCAGGUACUUCAUGAAGACGAAACCACGAAUCGCAUGCAUGAAUCACUGAAGCUGUUUGACAGUAUCUGUAACAAUAAGUGGUUCACAGAUACCUCCAUUAUCCUGUUCCUCAAUAAGAAAGACAUCUUUGAAGAGAAGAUUAAGAAAUCCCCAUUAAUUAUCUGCUUUCCAGAUUACACAGGACCCAGCUCCUUUGCGGAAGCGGUAACUUACAUCCAGGCCCAGUAUGAGAGCAAGAACAAGUCGUCCAACAAGGAGAUAUAUACACACAUCACCUGUGCCACGGACACCAACAACAUCCAGUUUGUCUUUGAUGCUGUAACUGAUGUCAUAAUUGCCAAUAAUUUGCGUGGAUGUGGACUAUAUUAAAACCCCUCCCUCCCUCCCUCUUAUAAAAGAAUCUCAUGUUCAUUGCGUUGUUCGAUUCGGCCUCCUCACUCUCUAUAUGUAGUCCUAAGUCCUAUAAAUACAUUUCAGAUGUAAGGGUCAGUGAGUGGUGGUUUUCCACACCACUUCAGUGUUCAUAUGGUGGGAAAAAAGAUCUUGGAAAUUACUGCCUGAGUACACAGGAUUUUUCUUAACCACGUGCAUAUCAAGGGAUAAAUAACGAAUCAGCACUGGAAAUACCCUGAAAGAAAUUUCAUAAAAAUUCCUUUUGCUGAUUCCCCAAAUCAUGCUCAAACUUCCACUGUCUUUUUUUCCAUAUCCAUUCCCCUGUCUUUAAAAUCCCUGGUUUCUUUUUUCACAAAAAGGUUAAGACAUAAAAAUACAUUAUUAAUAUUUUUGCUGAAUAUUUUUAAAUUUUUUCCCAAAGUUUCUCCCUCCCCCCACCUCUGUUCCCCCCCCCACCUUCGACCUUCAUGUCUUCUAAUGUUACUGCUUUUCCAUUUCUGAAAUACAUCUGAAGCACCUGAAUGAUGUCCUUGAAGAGCAAGAAUGCCGUUUAUUCGUUUUGCCUUUCAAGCGAACAUACAAUCCACAUAUUCAAGGGUUAGGCGAUCAAUGGCCAAAUUGUAGAUCUGAUAAAGGAGCAACUUUCCCAUCCUUAAGUCCCAGGAUCAGAGGUGUCUGCAGAAUCCAAUGCUUUCAUCAAAAUGACAAAAGCAGGCCUUGCAUUACAAGAGUGCUUUCGAAACACACCCUAUGGGCACCUCUAUCAGGAUCCUGGAAGCUGAACUGCACCCAUUUGGAGGGUUGGCAAAAGCUGUAAAUAAGACCACCUGUGCAUUUAAAAGCAUUAGCAACCAUGAAGAACCGGGCAGGAUCUGAAUGGGAUCAAGAGUAUUUAAAAAAAGGGAGGGGGUGAGCAAACUCCUUCCCUGUAUUAGUAUCUAUUUAAAGUCCCCCCCCCCUCCAUUUUUUGCACUGAAGGAAUAAACAUGAAUAUAUUAAAUAUCUAUAAUUUCGUCCCACCGGCAAACAGUACUAUGAGAAGGGCAGUUUACUUACAUCGGUGUGUCCUCUUCUGCUCUUUGUAUCGGGCAACAUAGUUCAGAGAGAAAGUUUAUUUCUUGCUCCUUAAUUGGCUGUCUAAUCUGAAUCCCCCCUGCUUGCUCAGAAUCUGCUGCUUCGCUGAUAUUCCCUUUUGGUAAAAAUUUUCUUCAUCCUGAGAAAGGUCUGUUUUCUCUCUCGUUUUCACCGUGGCUCAGAAUUUUUUCCCCGUUCACUUGUGGGAGGGAGAUGACUCGUUGGGCUUGUUUUUGGUGAAACAACUUUCUAUCACCCUGAAAGAGUAAUGUGGCUUUUUCAGAAAACGUUAAACUGGAAAUGUGGGUUUAUAUCAGGAAGGUUUCCAGUGCAAAUCAGCCUAAUUCGUAUAGGACCAUUUGCAUCAGGGAUGUGGGGUAGAAGAUUUUCUGUAUUAAGCACUGGAAUGUUUUCUGCAGAGUUUUGGUAUCACUGGUUUGAAGCCUCCCUUAUAUUCCCAGUCUGAAAAAAGAGCCCGGGAGGUACUUUCACCUGAUAUUUAUUUCGGAAUUCAACGGAAGUGUGAAAAGCCAGAGAGGCCACAGACGGUGGAAGAGAUGGAAAGCUAGGGAGGCUGCAGACCACAGAGAGAUUAUUUAAUAGAAGCCCAAGACAUUCAUGGCCAUGCCAUCUCAAGACUAGAGUAGCAUGCCAACACUAUACUCCAACCAUGGGAAUUUCAUCCAAAUUCUCUUUCCCUUGGAACAAAGUUUCCAAAAGAAUUUCUCUUUCAUCAGAUUGAAUAACUAGUAGGAAAAAAAUGCCGGGUGACUGUUCUGUGUGUCCUUAACUCCAAUACAGGUAGUCCUUGUUUAGUGACCACAGUUGGGACCGGCAACUCGGUCAUUAAGUGAAGCGGUCUCUAAGGGAAAGCACAUGAUGAUACUUAUGAUUUGACUUCAGCUUUCCUUUGCUUUGCAGACCUACAAAGGUCAUAAAUGCGAGGACCGACCAUAAAGUUACUUUUUCAUCACCGUCGUAACUGUGAACUGUCACUAAAUGAGGCAGCUGCUAAAUGAGGACUACCUGUACACAGACCCACAAGUAUGCAGGCACAACUAUUACUAUUGACAUUUUUCAACCCUACAGAUGGUUUUCUUCUUUUGGCAUCGCUCUAUUUGGAAAUUGCAAACUCAAGGCAACAAAUGCUCAGCCUUGCCAUGACUCAGCUUCAUCACCUUUUCAAACUAUUCCUUAAGCAAAGCAAAGAAGCUGAAGGGAAGUUUUUCUUCUAUUUGAAUUCCAAAAUUAAAUACACGUCUGAGAUUUUUGCUAUGCUUUAAAUUUUAGAGGCAACUGAAGCAGCUGCCGUGAUGUUUUCUAAACAAUUGCUAGUGGGAUGGUGCAGUUCCUAUAUGUGUUGUGGCAGUCUAAUCAAGUGGUUUGCAAACUGAGUUCUAGCAAUCCUAAGAUGCAUGCCAAAGGUCCUUUAAUUAGAAAGUUGGUAAUAAUGGAAAGACUUGCUCUGCUCUAACCAAUCUUCUCUGGGCACAGAGUGCCAUGGAAAUGGAUGGCAAAGGUCACCAUGAAACAUCCUAGCUUAUAUUUACUCAUGCAAGGGAGGGAAAAAGGCUCAGCCAGUGUUCUGUUAAAUGAUUUAGAGUUUUUGACACACACCUAAGUUCCUCUGAGAUAUUUACCUGGAGCCAAUCCAUGUCAAAUCCACAACCACAGCCUGAAAGCAGGUGUGUUACCCAUAAUGGUUCAGCUGAACUUUAAACAGGCUUAAUCAGCAUUUGAGAUCCGUCUCUGUUAGGGCUGCGCUGAGAUCUGAAUUCGAAGGAUGCUUGUCAGCAAGGCCCUAAACUAAAUGCGUCUUUUUUCUUGCCACCACGCACGGCCAAGAAAGACACAGGGGCUUUAGGGUGUGCUCAGCAGGUGUGGCAUCUCUGCUGAUGUACUCUGCAAACCAUCGUUGGUCCUUUGAAUCCAUAUCUCGGCUCAGCAUUUUCUCACCUUUAAUUCUUUGCAUACACCUUUCCAUAGAAUGGAGGGGGGGGGGCUCUUUUUAUUUAGUUAAAAGAUUUAUG